GAUCAAGGAACGAAUCCAUAUUGUUAGAUCCAUGUUGGGUUCCAUGAACAAUGGAGAAAUAAGCAUUUCGGCUUAUGACACAGCCUGGGUUGCUCUUAUUGAAGAUACUCAAGGCAGUGGUGCUUCUCAAUUCCCAUCUGCCCUUCAAUGGAUUGUCAAUAAUCAACUCCCGGAUGGCUCAUGGGGUGAUGCUAAAAUAUUUUCUGCUCACGAUCGCUUAAUCAACACCUUGGCUUGUGUUGUAGCUCUAAAAUCAUGGAAUAUCGAUCAUGAAAAGUGUCAAAAAGGAUUGUCAUUUUUCAAAGACAACAUAUCCAAGCUUGAAAAUGAGAAUGAUGAGCACAUCCCUAUCGGCUUUGAAAUUGCUUUCCCUUCCCUUCUAGAAAUAGCUCGCGGUUUAGGAAUUGAAGUACCUGAACACUCUCCUGUCUUGCAAGACAUCCAUGCGAAGAGAAAUUUAAAGCUCACAAGGAUACCAAAGGACACAAUGCACAAUGUACCGACAACACUAUUGCAUAGCUUGGAAGGAAUGCAAGACCUGAACUGGGAAAAGCUUCUAAAAUUGCAAUUCCAAGAUGGUUCAUUUUUGUUCUCUUUAUCCUCCACUGCCUAUGCAUUCAUGCAGACGAAAAAUGAAAAUUGCUUGAAAUUUUUAACAAAAGUUGUCCAAAGAUUCAAUACCGGAGUACCGACCACAUACCCAGUUGACUUGUUCGAACAUCUAUGGGUGGUGGAUCGCUUGCAGCGACUGGGAAUUUUAAGAUAUUUCCAACCGGAGUUGAAAGAAUUUAUGGAUUACGUUUACAGAUAUUGGACUGAAGAGGGUAUUUCCUGGGCAAGAAAUAGCAGGGUUCAAGAUAUUGAUGACACAGCCAUGGGAUUUAGACUGCUAAGAUUACAUGGCUAUGAGGUUUCUGCUGAUGUUUUUCAGAAUUUUGAGAAGGGCGGUGAGUUCUUCUGCUUUGGUGGGCAAUCUACCCAGGCUGUUACUGGAAUAUUCAACCUGUUUCGGGCUUCUCAGGUGCUAUUCCCUGGAGAGAAAAUCCUUGAGAACGCCAAGCAGUUUUCAGCAAAAUUUUUAAGAGAAAAACUGGCAGCUAAUGAGCUCCUAGAUAAAUGGAUUAUAACCAAGGACUUGCCUGGUGAGGUGAGCUUCGCAUUGAAGGUUCCAUGGUAUGCAAGCUUGCCUAGAGUGGAGGCGAGACUUUACAUAGAACAAUAUGGCGGUGAAGAUGACAUUUGGAUUGGCAAGACUUUUUACAGGAUGCCCUACGUCAACAAUAACAUCUAUCUUGAGCUUGCGAAAUUAGACUACAACAAUUGCCAAGCACGACAUCAGAUUGAAUGGGACAGUAUGCAAAGGUGGUACAAAGAAUGGAAGCUUGACAAUUUCGGAACUAGCCGAAGAGCCCUUCUCUUGGCGUACUUUGUAGCAGCAGCCAGUAUAUAUGAGCCAGAAAAAUGGCAAGCGCGAAUUGGUUGGGCUAAGACUGCAGUCUUGUUGGAGACAAUCACUUCUUAUUUUCACAAUACAAAACAUUCUAGAGAAAAGAGGGAAGCCUUCGUUGAUGAAUUUAGAAACUGUAUUUCUAUCAACAACUUGUCCCAGCUGAGGUUGGAAUCGGAUAUAAUAGAACAGAGGUUCACUCGGAUCUUGCUUGGGACGCUUGACCACCUUUCAUUGGACGCACUAGUGAAUCAAGGUCGAGACAUUAGCCACCAUUUACAUCAGGCUUGGGAAAAGUGGCUGAUAAAGUGGCAAGAUCAGAAUGGGGAUAUGCAUCAAGGAGAAGCAGAGUUACUUGUAAACACAAUAAAUAUAAUUGCUGGCCGCUGGUUCUUAGAGGAGCUGUUGCAUCAUCCUCAGUAUAGGCAACUCUCAGACCUCACCAACCGAAUUUGCAGCAAACUUGGUCAUUACCAGAAGCAAAAGGUACAUGACAAUGGUAGCAAUAAUGAUAAUAACGAUAGCAUCAGAAUGUUACAGAUAGAGUCUGAAAUGCAAGAACUUCUGCAGUUAGUGCUCAAACAUUCCUCAGACGACAUUGACUCUAAUGUUAAGCAUACAUUUCUGAUAGUGGCAAAGAGUUUUUAUUAUACUGCUUACUGUAAUACCGAGACUAUUAACUUUGACAUUGACAAAGUACUGUUUGAGAGAGUGGAUUGAAUCUCUAUCUACACUUCUAUCAAAAUUAAUGUGA